CAUGCCCAAUCUCGGUUUUUCCCGCGAUGUGUUGUUGGAACUAGCGCGAAUUCGAUAGACACCGGUUGGCGGUGUUGACUCACAAACGAGUUUCGUUUUGUCCACAAUAGUGACGGGCGUCCCAAGAUGUCGAAGCGAAAAAGCGCAGCCGUCAGUGAAAAGGCACCCAAACGGCUUCGACCCGCGGCCAACGACGAAGACGAGAGCGAGGAAGAGGAGCAGCAUGCAACUGAAGGGGAUUCUGCUCUGAGUCAACGGUUUCAGGAUCCUUCUGAUGUGGUGAGUGAUGCAGGAGUAGUGCAGAGCAUCACUCUGAAGAACUUCAUGUGCCACUCGCUCCUUGGACCAUUUGCAUUCGGCUCCAAUGUCAACUUUGUUGUUGGUAAUAAUGGAAGUGGAAAAAGUGCCAUCCUGACAGCGCUGAUAGUGGCCUUAGGCGGGAAUGCGAUGGCUACAAAUAGAGGGUCAUCCCUGAAGGGUUUUGUGAAAGAAGGAGAAAGUUCCGCUGACGUAUCAAUCACCCUGCAUAACAAAGGAAAAGAUGCUUACAAGCUGGACGUGUACGGUCCAUCCAUCACCAUAGAUCUGAGAAUUACACGAGAAGGGCUGAGAACCUACAAGCUGAGAAGUAAAACAGGUCAGGUCAUCUCUACCAAAAAAGAAGAGCUGAUUUCCAUCUUGGAUAAUUUUAACAUUCAGGUUAACAAUCCUAUAUCAGUUCUCACACAGGAGAUGAGCAAAUACUUCCUGCACUCUAAAGGAGAAGGAGACAAGUAUAAGUUUUUUAUGAAGGCUACUCAGCUGUCACAGAUGAAAGAGGACUUUAUUCACAUUAAAGCCACCAAGGAGGUCACAGAGCAGAAACUCGAGAACCAUGGAGAAUACUUGAAAGACCUGAGGUGUAUAUAUCUUGAAAGAAAGGAACGGUACAAGAGCUUGGCUUCACUUCGUGAAAUGCAGACCAAACUUGAAGAAUUGCAGAAACAAAUGGCUUGGGCUUUGGUAGCUGAACUAGAGAAGGACUUGAAACCAGUAAAGGAAAGGCUGCAGGAAGAAGGACGUUCCACAGUGAAAUACGAUGAAAAGGUUGAAGAGUGGCAGAAUAAGGUCAAACAAGCGGAGGAGAAGUACAAGGAGAUUCAGGAGCAGUUGGAGAGAAUUACUCAGCAAGUCCAGGAGCUCCAGCCUAAAUGUGCCGAACUAAAAGCUGAGGCCCAGAAACGCAACAGUCUUCUCAAGUCCUGUGAGCUGACUGUCCAUAGGUGCAGAAGUAACCUCAGGGACCUGGAAAAGGACAAAGCUCAGCUGUCUGCACGCAUAAAAGACCUGACUCUGAACAUCAGUCAAACGACAGGAGCGGAGAGCCAGGCAAGGGCAAAACAUAUGGAGCAGAUUGAGACUGAGCUGGAAAACCUGAAUCUUCAGAUUUCCACUCUGGGUCAGCAAAUUGACCAGUUUCAGCACGCCUGCAGCCGCGCUAAAGAAGAGCAAGGAAAGAUGAUAAAAGAGUAUGACGAGCUCAAGAAAUAUGUUGAAGCAAGCAAAAGGAAACUACAGACCAUGGAGAGCAGUCGCACUAAUCGACUUCGGCGAUUCGGAGAACUUAUGCCUUCUUUGCUCGAAGCCAUUGAGGAAGCUGACAGAAAAGGCCAAUUCCAGCGCAAACCCAGAGGACCUCUGGGUUACCUUAUUAAACUGAAGGACCCAGAGCUGGCCCUGGCGGUAGAAGUAUGUCUUAAAACUCUGCUUCUGGCCUUCACAUGCGACAACUAUAAAGAUGAAAAGGUGCUAAAGGCCAUCAUAGGCAGAGUGUACAGGAAUAAUCGCAGGCCAGCCAUCAUUACCAGCCCUUUCCUUCCUGAUGUCCACAAUACAAGUGGAAGGGGUGUGAAUCAUCCCCAAUAUCCCUCUGUGCUCCAAGCUCUGAUAAUUAAAGACCCCGUUGUGGCCAAUUGCCUGAUUGAUCAAAGAAACAUUGAGAGCAUCCUCCUCAUAAAGAAUCGUGCAGAGGCUCGAAGAAUAAUGCAGGGCAAGAAUCCUCCAGCUAACUGCUUCCAGGCCUUCACCAAGGAUGGUGAUCAGAUCUUCACAAACAGAAAUUACUCCUCUGAUCAGAACAGACCAAACUACCUCUCAGGGGAUGUUGAGGAAGACAUCAGGCAUAUACAGAGAGAACUGGAAAACCAGAGGGGUCAGGAAGUCCGUUUCCAGCAACAAAUGAGAAGGUUGGAGGAAGACAUCAAACAGAAUGAAGGACUUCUAAGAAGAGUGGCCACGGAGCAAAGGACCGCUAAGAAUAAGGCCACAAAGCUGCAGCUCGAGCUGACAGACCUGAGGAACGUGGAGGAGCCUCAGUCAGAGGACCUGAGGCCGCUGGAAGAAGAUCUUCAGGAGAUUGUUACAAAGAUUUCCUCUAAAACUGCAGAGUACGAGCAAGCUAAAACCAGAAUGGCCAACCUGAAGGCAGACUAUGAAAAAGCCGACCAGGAGUACAAGCAGCACAAGGAGAGCAUAAGCACAAUCACCGAUGAGGCUGAUUCAGUCAAGGAGGACCUGAGUAAAACGGACCAGGAGGUGACGAAGUGCAGACAUCACAAGAAACACUAUGAUGACAAACGCAGCGCCCAUCUCCGCAACAUUCAGGCUCUUGAGGAUCAACUUAAAAGCAAAGAGGAAAACCUUGCGGCAUCUGUCGCUAAGGCCUCGGAGAUUUGGCCAGAACACCUCGAAGUCUCUCGAAGCGCCAAAAGCAUCGAUGGCGAAAUUAACCGGCUCAAAAUCAAGAUCGCAAGUCAGCAGGAACAACAAGGGGACCGUGAGGAGAUUGUGAGGCAGUACCAGGAGGCUUUAGAGAAAUACAAAAACGCGUCUCAGCAAAUGAGGAGCCUGAACUCCUUCAUCAGAAAAGUGGAGAAAGUCAUAACCUUCAGACUCAAGGUUUAUGCUGACCUCAGAAUGUUCCUCUCAGCCCGUUGUAAAUACUACUUUAAUACUAUGCUGGCUCAGAGAGGCUACAGUGGAUGUAUGAAGUUCGACCACAAGAAUGAGACCCUGACCAUCUCGGUGCAGCCAGGCCAAGGGAACCAAGCUGAUUUGAGUGACAUGCGUUCUCUGUCUGGAGGCGAGCGCUCCUUCUCCACUGUUUGCUUUGUCCUCUCUCUCUGGGCCAUCACGGAGUCACCUUUUCGCUGCCUUGAUGAGUUUGAUGUUUACAUGGACAUGGUGAACAGGAGGAUAUCGAUGGACAUGAUGCUGAAGGUAGCUGCCAGUCAGCCCUAUAGACAGUUCAUUUUCCUCACCCCCCAGAACAUGAGUUCUCUUCCUGUGAGCAAAACGAUCCGUAUCCUUCGACUUAAAGAUCCAGACCGGGGGCAAAACAAGCAAUGAUGCGUACUCAUCAAGUGGACCUCAGGUCUAGGUUUUCUGUUUUUAUUUGUCAAUGUCAAGAAAGUGUGUUUAAAACAAAAAAAAACCUGCAUUGAAUUGUAAAUUAAAUCUGUUCUAUUUUUUCAUAAGUGUGUUUUUUCAAACGCAAUGCCAAAUUACUUCAAAAUGUUUAUGCAACGGUUAGAAAUGUUCACUUUAAUGUUAAGUUUAUAAUCAAUCCAACUUCUUGAGCCAAAAUAAGUUAUAGUGCCAUCUAGUGGUCCAAUUUGUACCCUAACCAAAUGCCUUUAAAAUUCUAGAUUUGUCAUAAAGAAUGUAAAUAGCUUCUUCUAAAGUAAACAGUUCUCUGUUUUGGGUAAAAAAAAAACUGUUGCGUAAAGGAAUAUUUGAUGUAAAAUGUGUUUAAAAUGUAUACAAUGUUUGCACUUCUUUUUUUUUUUUUUUUUUUUACUUUAACUGUUAAGUUAAACUGUAUUUUUUCACUUAAGAAAUGUUAAAUCUUACGGUUUUAUUGUUAAUGACAAAUCGUUCAUUAUAUUUGUCAAUAUUUAAAGACAUUUCUGGUCAAUUUUGAAUAAAGCAAUGGAGCACAAAUGUCUCCAGGUCUUAAUCAGG